AUGGAUGCCACUAACACCAUGUUAUGUGACAAAGAUCAGCUUGAUCAGCUGGUUAACCCUCUAUGUUCAAUGGGCUUGCAAGUGUCCUGCAUUCUUGUUGUAUCACACUUCUUCAACGUUGUUCUUAGGACUGUGGGUCAACCUGGACCCAUUUCACAACUUCUGGCUGGGUUGGUACUGGGUCCAAUGUCUCAUAUUGAGUAUAUACAAGUUACAUUCUUUCCUGCAAGUUCCAUAAAUUACUAUGAAAUUGUGAGCUUCUUCUGUCGGAUACAUUUCAUGUUCUUAUUUGGGUUAGAGAUGAAUAUUCACUACACACUGCGAAAUCUACGUGUGGUAGGCUUGGUAGCAUGUGGUGGUGCUAUAAUGGGAUGCGUUUUUGGCAUAUCUGUCUCCUUUUAUUUGUAUCAAGAGUUAUAUUCCACUGCCCCCAUGUAUUAUUUUUGUAUGGUCAUUAUGCUAGUGUUAUCAUACACAAGCUCCCCUAUGGUGAUUCGUUUGGCAGCAGAAUUGAGGUUUGCUGCAUCAGAUGUUGGGCGAAUCGCGGUGUCUUCUGCAUGCAUCACAGAAAUGGGAUGCUUGUUGUUCUUUAAUGUGAUGGUUAAUUGGAAAAGAGAAAAUCACAUUUCAACCAGUAUUGGUUGCCUUCUAAAUACUUCCCUGAUGGUUCUUAUAAACAGGUACUUAGCUGUUUGGUUAAAUUCAAGGCAUAGAAACCAGAAGUACCUCAAGGCUCCUGAGUUGUUAGUCAUCCUGUUUCUGCUCAUAACUAGCUCAAUGAUUAUAGAAAUUUGGGGUUACAACAGUAUUUUUCAUUGUUAUGUCAUUGGCUUGCUGUUUCCUAGGGAAGGCAAAACAGCCAGAACAUUGCUGCAUAAACUUGGUUAUUCUAUUUACAACUUUGUUCUUCCAGUAUACUUUGGGUACUUGGGUUUACAAUGUGACCUAAUAAAUGUCUUUGGGAGCUUGGAUAGGACUGCGAAUACAGCCAUAUUGAUAUUGUUGGGCAUUGGGAGCAAGCUUGGAGGUACUCUUAUAGUUUGUCGUUACCUUCAAAUUCCUACAAGUGAAGGAAUUUUUCUUGGCUUUAUAUUGAACACUAGAGGUUAUGCUGAUUUGCUAUUUAUUGGAGCAGCAGCAAAGCAAGUAAUUGUGAAUGCUUACAAUGUAUUGUUAGUAUCAAUAGUAUUGAACACAGUAAUAUCAGGAAUAAUUGCGGCUUUUCUAGCAAGGGGAGAAGAGAAAAUGUUUGCAAACAACCAUACUGCAAUUGAACCGCAGAAAAUGGAGGAUGAGCUUAGAAUCAUGGCUUGUGUAUAUGAUCCUCGUCAAGUAUCUUCCAUACUUGCCGCAGUGCUAGCAAUACAUGGCUCUAGAGCAUCACCAUCUACCACUUAUUUAGUACACCUGAUAGAGCUUGUAAAGAAGAUUAAGUCUACCUUGUUAUACCAUGAAAAAGAGAAUGCUGACCUUAGUGACGAUGAUGACUAUGGUGGCAAUGAUGUGGUGGACAUUAAUAAUGCUCUAGAUGCCUUCACUGCAGAGACAAAGAUUUUGGUCCACCAAAGAAGGGCAGUGUCUGCUUUCACAAGUUUGUAUGAAGAUGUUUGCAAUGAAGCAGAAGAUCUUCAAGUAUCCAUUAUUCUACUUCCCUUCCACAAGCAUCAGAGAAUUGAUGGAAAAUUGGAAAGUGGGAAGGAAGGUGUAAGGAUUACUAACCAGAAGGUUCUUAGACAUGCCCCUUGUUCUGUUGGUGUCAUUGUAGAAAGAGGACUUGCUAGGGUCCCUGGUUUCUCACAACUAGUGGCAUCUGAAGCCAUACAAAAUGUUGCAACACUCUUCUUUGGGGGUCCAGAUGAUCGUGAGGCUAUUGCUUGGAGCCUACGCAUUUCCAAAAGUCCUCGCAUUAACUUAACAAUCAUCAGAUUUUUGCUGACUGCUUCUUCAUCACAGAAUGAACAAAUUGAAAGUGGACAAUCUGAGGAUAAAGAAAUUUUAAUGUCCUUGUCUGGGGAAGAGACCAUUAAUGAGAUUGACAAUACCUUUAUGGUUGAUUUCUAUAAUAGGUAUGUGACUUCUGGCCAAAUUGGAUAUGUUGAAAAGUUUGUGAAGGAUGGAGCAGAAACAGUGGAAUCUUUGAAAGAGAUAGGGGACAUGUACUCUUUGUUUAUAGUAGGCAAGGGGGGUAGAGGACAGAGUUCAUUAACAAUUGGUAUGAGUGACUGGGAAGAGUGUCCAGAACUUGGAACAGUUGGUGAUGUCUUGGCUUCUUCGGACUUUGAUAUUCAUGGCUCAGUUUUGGUCAUUCAACAGCAUAGAGAUGCCAAGAAAGGCCUAAUGCACGAUUAG